AUGAAAUUCACAGCUUCUACCAUGGCCACCGUUUUGGCUGCAACUGCCUCAGCAGCCACAAUUGACCAACAACAACCAAACUUGGUCGCUAGACAAGAUGUUGAUAGAGCAUUGAGUUCAUUACCAGGUAAAUUCGCAGCUGUUAAGAGAGACGGGCAACCAGAUUUGGCUGCUUUAUCUGCUCAUGUUGAAAACUAUAGAGUUAAAAGAGAUGCCAUUGAUAUGGAGAUAAUCAAAAGAGACUACGCUAUUGUUACUGACGUUUUGACUGCUAUCAAUCAAUCUCAGUUGGCACCAAAGAUUUUGGAAUACCUCGUUACCAAUGAGAACCUUGAGCCAAUUGUCGUUAAUGUCUUGAUUGCUGUUAUGAAGAGCGGUUUGAUUUCAUUACAAUCAGUUUUGGAUGCUUUGGUUUCAUCAAAUUUGGCCGUCAAUGUCAUCAAUGAUUUGAUCAGUGAUUGUUCAUUAUACGCUGAACUUUUCAAUGCUGCUGCUCAAGUUAUCAGCAACUUGGCUGAAAAAGUUGAACAAAAAAUUUCAGAAGGUGUUUCAUCAUUGAUUACUAGAGACGUCAAUGACAAUUCCCUUGAAGCCUUCAUUGCCAACGUUGACAAAAGAGAUCUUGAUGAUGUUGUUAACAAUUUGUUGGACUCAUUAUACAAGUCAGGUUUGGCUACUUCCGUUGUUAAGGAUGUGUUGACCAACUCAGCCUAUAUUCCUUUUGCUACUGACUUGAUCAAAGCCAUGUUGGCCAACAACUUGAUUGAUAUUGGAUCAAUUAUUGACGCAUUGAAACAAUCCGGUUUGAUUACUCAAUUGUUCCAAGAAUUCCUCAACUGGGGUACUUUACAAACUGUUGCUGAAACCGCUUUUGCUGCCUUGGCUGGUGAAUGUAGUGGUUCAUCAAGUGGUGGUUCUGGUACUUCAACUCCAUCUACAGGUAACGGUGGUAGCGGCUCUGGUAGCGGAAGUGGCUCAGUAACUUCAAACGUUGGUAGUGCUGAUCCAUGUAAGAAGAGAAGAAGGGUUAGAAGAAGAAGAAGAUCAAACUACUAA